GCGUGCCCUCUAUUUUGGCCACUGACCACCUUUGUGUAAAUUUGUCUCCCAAUCCCAGGUUUGAGUAUUCAAGUCCUAAUGCCUUACUGGCUUUCAGUUUUAUAUCAUCAUAGCCAUGGCGAUUCUAGUGGAAGCACCAUCGUCCUUUAGCUCUCCUACUAAAACCAAGUAUGAAUACGAUGUUUUCCUGAGUUUUAGAGGCGAAGAUACUCGCCACACCUUCACUGGGCUUCUCUACGAUGCUUUACGACGCAAGGGAAUCAACGCCUUCAUUGACGACAGGAAGCUUGGAAAGGGGGAAGAGAUCUCACCUGCGCUUCUUGAAGCCAUUGAGAGAUCCAGGAUUUCCAUUGUUGUGUUCUCUAGGAACUAUGCUACUUCCACAUGGUGCUUAGAGGAACUCGCCCACAUCAUUGGGUGUAAGGAGGAGAAGAAGCAGGUGGUUAUGCCCGUCUUUUACAAGGUCGAUCCGUUAGAUGUUCAAUAUCAGAGAAAUAGCUUUGAGAAAGCCAUGGCUGCUCUUAAAGAUAGGUUCAAAGAUGACUUAGACAAAGUGCGCAGAUGGAGGUCUGCUUUGUAUGAAGCUGCUAGCUUAUCAUCUGCAUGGCUUUUCGAUGAUGGAUGCAAACUUGGGUUUAUCGAAAGGAUUGUGGAAGAUGCAUAUGCUAGGCUACCACCCAACCCUUUACAUAGCGUUGAUCACCCAGUUGGACUUAAGUCUCGCAUUGAAGAAGUGAAGUCACUUUUGGAUCAGUCUCAUGAUGGCGUUUGUAUGUUGGGGAUCCAUGGAACUGGUGGAAUUGGCAAAACAACACUUGCCAAGGCUCUAUAUAAUUCAAUAUUUUGCCAAUUUGAAGGUGCAAGUUUUCUACUUGAUGUCAGAGAAGCGUCAAAUGAAUAUCGAGGCAUAGUUCGUCUCCAACAAUUACUUUUAUCUGAGAUUCUUGAAGAGAAGAGUAAGAAGUUUGGUAGUGUUGAUGAGGGAAUAACUAAAAUAAAACACAGACUCUCCCACAAAAGAGUUCUAUUAGUUCUUGAUGAUGUUGAUGCAUUAGAACAAUUAGAACAACUUGCAGGAGGGUGUAACUGGUUUGGAUCCGGAAGCAAGAUCAUUAUAACGACUAGAGAUAAGCAAUUAUUAAGUGUACAUGGUGUUCAAAAAACUUAUGAAAUGAAGGAGCUAAAUGAGCAUGAGUCUCUUGAACUCUUCUCUUGGCAUGCCUUUCAUAACAACCAACCUCCCAAAGGUUAUGAAGAUAUGUCCGGCCGUGUGAUUAGUUAUGCACAGGGCCUUCCUUUGGCUCUAAGAGUAAUAGGCUCCAAUUUGACUCAAAAAAGCUUAGAGGAAUGGAAGUCAAUAUUGGAACGAUACGAUAGGAUCCCAGAUAAAACAAUUCACGAAGUACUAAAGAUAAGUUACGACUGCUUACAAGACAAUGCUAAGUCUAUUUUUCUAGAUGUUGCUUGUUUUUUCAAGAAGUGGAGAUCGGUAUAUGCCGAUGAAGUACUACACAACUGUCAUGGUGGUGCAAGGUUUUAUUUUGAGGUGCUCAUUGAUAAAUCAUUGGUGAGUGUUGAUAAACAUGAUUGCUUGUGGAUGCAUGAUCUAAUACAAGAAAUGGGUCGAGAAAUUGUCAGACAGGAGGCACCAUUAAAUCCUGGUGAACGCAGCAGAUUGUGGCAUCAUGAAGAUGUUGUUAGAGUAUUACGUGAAAAUUCUGGAAGCAGCAAAAUUGAAGGAAUAAUGCUUAAAUCUCCUCAACAAGAAGAAGUAGCGUGGAGUGGCUUUGCCUUCGAGAAAAUGAGCAAUCUUAGGAUUCUCAUUGUGCGAAAUGCACUAUUUUCAACCGGCCCUAAGCACUUCCCAAAUAAUUUAAGAUUGCUUGAUUGGGAGGGAUACCCUUCUAUGUCCUUACCGGUGGAUUUUUACCUUGAGAACAUUGUGGUCCUUAGGUUAUGUCGUAGUUAUGUCAGAUUAGUAGAGCCAAUCAAGAGGUUAGAAUAUGUGACAAGCAUGGAUUUCUCAUAUUGCGAAUUUAUAACUGAAGUGCCUAAUAUGUCUCAAGUCCCAAAUUUAAAAGAACUGAUAUUUGUAGACUGUCGCAAUUUGAUUAAGGUUCAUAAUUCUGUGGGAUAUCUCUCUAAGUUAGCGGUAUUAACCGUUAAUGGCUGCAGAAAACUUAAAAGCUUUCCUCGUGAAAUCAAAUUGGCAUCUCUUGAACACCUUGACCUUGCUUUUUGUGAGAGUCUUGAUUACUUUCCAAAUAUAGUGGGAAAGAUGGACGCAUUGAGUACCAUUUUUGCAGAUAACACUGCCAUUGAAGAACUCCCACAUUCCAUUGGAAAUCUCUCAGGGCUUCAAAUUUUAUCUCUUAACUCCUGCGAAGGUCUUAGGGAGAUUCCAGACACAAUAUUCACGCUGCAAAAUCUUGUCUGGCUUUUAUUGGAGAAUAGCAGACCUCAUAGCAGAAAAUCCUUGAAGAAGUCAAUGCAAGAUAGUUAUCCAAUUAUUAGAAGCACAAACUUGAAGAUUUUGAAUCUAGAAAAUUGUUGUCUAUUGGAUGAAGAUCUUCACCUAACUGUGAAUUGUUUUCGGAAUCUGCAAGAAUUAAAUCUAUCAGGGAAUGAUAUCUUGUCCCUUCCUGACUGCAUCAAAGAGUGUGCUUAUUUGGAGAAACUAAAUCUGGAUAACUGCAAGAGGCUAAGAGACAUUCCAGAGCUGCCACCAAACCUGGCGGAUAUACAAGCAGACAAUUGCAUAUCAUUAACGAGAGAGUCCUUAAGCCAUUUAUGGUCCCAGGCUAGAAAGGAGGUGUACUACUUGGCCAUCAGUAGUAUGCCAGCAUCAACAUUUCCAGAUUGGCUCAACUUUUGCUGCAAAGGAGGGACCUUGUCUUUUCGUGUUCGUGGGAAUUUCCCAGUGGUUGCCUUAGUAUUUGAGUUUGAGAAAGGAGGUGCGAGCCAUGUUUCUGAGGGAAGAGUCCUUGGUCGAAUGAGCAUCAAUGGUCAUGAAGUAAAGGAAGGAAAUAAUAUAGCCUUUCCAAGUAGAGAAGGUCAUGUGGGUGUAUUUGAUCUAAGAAGAGCUUUCCCGGACGGAAAACACUGGAAAAUCUUAGAUGGGUUUCUGGAAUUGGAUUGGAAUGAUGUGGAAAUAGAAGCCAAAUGUGAGCCACCGGAUUUGUGCAUAGUUAAGUGUGGAGUUUAUGUGUACCAGCAGCAAACAGACAUGGAGAAUGUGCAGUUCAAGUCUUCUUUGCUUUCUUCAAAUGAUCCAAAAUCUUCGUUGAAACGAAGGGCUAUAGCUUCUCCUCCUGAUGAAAGAACGAAAAAGUUUCGAGUCUAUUGACAAAUGAAAACUCAACAACACAAAGACAAGGGCAAGUUUUCCAGCUUCACGUGAUGCAAGAGAGUCAUUUUAAAUGAUUUACCAAAAAUUCGUGGAUGCAUAUUGCGGAGACUUUCAGAAGAGAAGUGUUUUUAGCUACUGUUGGUUAUUGGGAGUAUGAGCCUUUUUUGGGGGGAAAAACUACUGGUUAGCUUUCAUUCACGUUUUUCCUGGUAUUGAAUGAAGUAUGAAGAACAAGCUGCAUUAUUUAUGUAUUAAAAAUGGUGUUCCUCGGCAUAAAUUUUAUAUUGG